CUUAUUCAAUCAAACCGUGAUACCAAUUCACUGGUCAAACAAUUACAAUUCGCAUCCUACGAAACUUCCUCACCAUCUCAUCAAAAAACUCAAAACCAACAUAUAGUACCAUCCAAACAAAACCUUUACUAGACCAAAAGACAAAAAAGAAAAGAACAGCUCUCAUCAUCUCAUGGAAUUUUUCAACAAGGCGAAAGCUGUCCGGCUCAAAAGCCAUCUCGACAAGUACCUCGUGGCCGAUGACGACGAGCAGUCCGUUCGGCAGAGCCGCAACGGCUCGUCCAGGAAGGCCCGGUGGCUGGUCGAGCCCGUCGGGAGUACCAAUCCCCACGUCAUCCGCCUCAAGAGCUGCCACGGCCGCUACCUCACGGCCUCAGACGAGGCCCACCUGCUCGGCAUGACCGGGAAAAAGGUGCUGCAGACGGCUCCACCCGAGACCACAACAUCAGACCCGUCGCUCGAGUGGGAGCCUAUCAAGGAGGGAUUCAGAGUGAAGCUGAGGACCAAAGGGGGAAAGUUCCUCAGGGCCAACGGCGCCACUCCGCCCUGGAGAAAUUCAGUCACCCAUGACCUUCCGCACCGGACGGCCACUCAGGAUUGGGUCCUCUGGGAUAUCGACGUUGUUGAUGUCUCCGUUUUCGAGUACUCACCGAGCAAUUCUGUCUCCAGUUUCAGUUCGGUGGGGGACGAUUACUCGCCUUGUCGAAAUUCGCCGAUUUCGGCCAGAUCUGAAGGCCGAGCGACGUCGUUUGCUUCUGAGGUUCUUCGGAGAUCAUAUAUGGCGGCGUUGGAAAGAAAUUCGGAUAAUAGUGGCAGACAAGUUCAUUCUCUCUCCAGAUCUGAGGGGAUGGAUUUUUUCGAGAAAGCAAGAGCAGUACGGCUGCAGAGUCACCUGGGGAAAUACCUGGUGGCGGACGAGGACGAGGUGACGGUCCGUCAGAGCCGUAACGGGGCGUCGCACAGGGCACAUUGGGUGGUGGAGUUUGUGGAGGGAAAACGUGAGAGGAUCCGUUUGAAGAGCUUCCAUGGGCUGUACCUAACGGCGUCAGACGAGCCGUUUUUGCUGGGCAUGACUGGGAAGAAGGUCCUCCAGAGCCUGCCGCUGCCGGAGACGGACGUGAGGGUGGAGUGGGAGCCGGUGAGGGAGGGUGCGGGUUUGAAGCUGAUGACAGCGGAAGGAAAGUUUCUGAGGGCCAACGGCGGGGCGCCGCCGUGGAGGAAUUCGGUCACGCACGACGUGCCGCACAGGACGGCCACACAGAGCUGGGUGGUGUGGGGAGUGGAGGUAGUGGAUAUUUCAGUUUCGGAUGUGGAUCCGGGUUCGGGUUGUUUGUCACCUGCCUCCAGUUUUUCGUCCUAUUCGGGUACGCCAGAUACCGGGUCGCCCAUGGCAAUGUGUCGGUAUUCUUCCAUGCCUCGAAAUAUGUCCACCACGACACAGGUCUCUGGAAUGGAAUUCUUCAGUAAAGCCAAAUCCGUCCGGCUAAAGAGCCACCACGACAAAUACCUAACGGCAGACUCGGACGAGGAGAGUGUCAUCCAAAACCGGUCAGGCUCGUCCAUCUCCGCCAAAUGGGAAGUCGAAUUCAUGCCCAACAACAUGAUCCGACUAAAGAGCCGUUACGGAAAGUACCUCAAGGCUUGCGACGAGGAGUUCCUUUUGGGCGUCACCGGCAGAAAAGUCACUCAAAGCCUCUUGGGAAAUGGAAAGCUCGACUCGUCUGUCGACUGGGAACCUCUCAGAGACGGGAUGCAGGUGAAGCUCAAGUCAAGGUACGCAGGUGAUUUUUUACGAGCCAACGGAGGUUUGCCGCCGUGGAGAAACUCCAUCACCCACGAUAUUCCUCAUAUGCACCACAAUUGGGUUUUGUGGGAAGUUGAUGUUGUCGAGCUUCGGCCCGAGUCACCGAAUAAGAUUUCGCAAUCCGAUUCGUUGGAUGAGGAUUUGGACCCACAGCAAAAGAAAUCUGAGGGACGGCUUAUAUACUACUACGUGGCUGAUGAUGAUGGGGAAAUCAAUGACGUGAUAGAAGAACGUUCGUUCGAGUUCAAAGGGCAGGGGUUGGAGGAAUUGAGUGAGAGGUUAGAGGAUGAAACUGGGCUCGAGGAUGUAAUCGUGUGCUCGAGAAAUAUCGUGAAUGGGAAACUUUAUCCGCUUAGGCUGGCUUUACCUCCAAACAACACCACCAUGCACGUUGUCGUGGUACCACCGACUUCUAACGAAUCCCAUAUCCGUCUGAAAUCUAUAGGACUAAUCAUUACGGCCAUGGUACUCGCUAGACUUCAGCACAUGAGUGAUGCCCUCCACAGCAUCCACAAACGGAUAACAAAAAAAACAUAUGUU